AUGGUUCACUCAACGGGCGAGGAACGCGCUGUACACCUCACACGAGAGGCGAUUGAAUUAGUAGACGCUGGUCAUCGUGAAGCUGCCUCGCGGAAUCUCCGAGAAGCCCUCUCGUUAGCCCCAGACAAUCCAGCUGUCAGAGAAGCUUUUAUCAAAAUCCAGGAAGAGGAGACAACUGGUCAUCAUUUGCUCGAUCUUUGCCGGCGUUACACUUCUCGCAAAGACGAAAGUGCUGGAAAGGAUGCCGCCCUUUAUCUGCGCACGGAUGGUCUUAAACCUCCGGAGGAGGUCGCCUUAGAAUGUGCCAAACUUUUGCUAGCGCACAAAGCACAUGCGUUAUCUUCGUUGCAAGAUGAUAUCAUUUCGGGGUUGGUUCGGCAAAAUGCCAGCGUUCGUCAGUUUUUCUCAGACAAGCUGCAGGUCUCCGUGACUACGUUCUUUGAUGAAAUGUACGAUAGAGGCGACGGCGCUGCAGUAUGUCUUGAUACCGUCGUCUUGGAUCCCUCAGUAUGGCCUUCUGAAGCUGCUCGCUUGCAUUGUGAGCGCGAGCUUUUCCUGUUGUUCAUCGCUAAGCUCAUGGAGUCAGGCCAUGACUUGGACGGUCGCUCUCUCAAGGGAAUCGCGCGACUCCUUGCUGUUGAUGCGUCUAAGUUGCAGGACCAAGUUGAUGAUGAAGAAUUGGAUGUAAUCCUGUCCUCCUUGGAUCAUAGGCUGCCCCUCGAAUGGAGGAGUCAAGCUACUUUAGCGACCGUCAAGUAUCUUGAAGCUUCCCAGGAAACCGGACAGAACCGGUUCACAAAGCUCAUCUCUGCCAAACUUACCAAGGCGCGCGUUGAUGACCAUAUCGUCGCGUUUUCGGCUACAGCCGCUGUUUUUCCUGUAAUCCCGGAGAUCGCGGCUACUCUGUUUUUAUCGGAAGAAUUCAUGGCCUCCCUAACACCCGUAUCUGCCAGAGAUGCCAAGCGCCGGAGAGUAGAGGUUUCAGUGUUGGAACUCCUGAAUGCUGCUUGUAUCAACAAGGCCUGCCGCGAAGCCAUCACCAAGAAUUUCUCUGAUUGGCUUUCUCACACAUUGACGAACGGCAGCGACGAGUCGUCCGAAUUGGCAGCGGUGGUAUUGGCUAAGAUACGCGUCUCUGACAAGGAUGCAUCGGGAUCUAAUGGCCAGGUGCAGGGUGACGAUGCCAGCGUUGCUGAAUUGGUUGGACGAUUUAAGACUAUAAUGUCAAGUCGCAAGGGUGAGAAUGUUCAAAACGUGAUUGAGGGCUUGGCAUACUCAUCCGUGAAGCCGAUUGUGAAGGAACAACUUGCCAAAGACUCUACUUUUCUGCGGGACCUGGUCAAGGUCUUGCAUGAGAACUUGUGCGAUUCGUCGGUUCUCUAUGGUGGCCUAAUGAUAAUCGUGAACAUCACCCAGUUCCUUCCAAAUAUGAGUGAAGAACAAAAGAAGAUGUCUCAACUGAAGUCGUAUGCAGAGGCUUCUCCCGAUGCCCGGGCGGGCCCAAAUCCCCUCGAGAAGGACGAAAAUGUUAUCGCUCGUUGCAAUGCCGUCAUUGAAGCUGGCAUCAUGCCGCUUUUUAUUGAGUGCAGCAAAUCAAACCUCCCCUCUGUCCAGGGCCUUGUAAGCAAGAUCAUGCUUUCACUGUCCCGGAAUCAGAAAACCAGAGGAACCCUAGCCCAGCAGGGCGGUGUCAAGCUAUUGCUCAAUAUUGGCACUUCGAGACAGGGGAGCUCUGGCUCGAUUGCAAACGAAGCUGUGCCUAAUGCCUCCCACGCAUUGGCCCGCAUUCUUAUCUCCGUAAAUCCGUCACACGUGUUCCCUCCAUCUGGAUUUCCGCAGGUCACUUCGGCUAUCCGACCCUUAACUGCACUUCUGGUGGUCCCUGAGACUUCGGCGGACCAGCCACGCGAUCUUUUGCCCAUUUUUGAAAGCCUCCUUGCGCUCACGAACCUCGCUUCUCAUCCGGAUGAAAGUGCGCCGGAUGCCAUUGUCCGACAGGCAUGGUCAGUGAUCGAGGAUUUGCUGCUUUCCAACAGUACCUUGAUUCAACGGGCCGCAUCUCUUACUGACACUGAUGAUAUUGCAACCCGGAGAGCCGCUGGAGGUGGUCUAGCUAUGCUCACUGAAUUUGAUUCCGUGGUCGCUGCCGUCUUAGACAAGCCUCGUGGUGUACCGCUCUUGCUACGUCUUUGCCAGGAAGAUGAUGAGGGGUUGUUGCACCGAGGGGUGGCAUGCGUGCGGAACAUGAGCUGCAUCGCGUCAGGUGAUAUUGGCCGGCGCGCAAAAGAAGCCCUGAAGAAGGGCGGUGCGGUUGAUAUAUUGACUAAUGUGCUGAAGAAGUCGAGGAAUACCGCGGUCCUCCAAACAGGGGUUGAAGCAUUGAAGCCUCUUGUUGAGUGA